GGGGCGCGGGCGGGGAGGGCCCCGGCGUGCAGAGCGGGCGCCGGGGAGGCACGCUGGGCGGCCGUGCGUCCUCGCCUUCGGGUGUCCAUGCCUCGGCGGCGGCGCCCCGCUCCGCAGCGAGCGGCCUGCAAGCCGUAGCCAUGGCCGCUGUGGCCGUCCUCCGGAACGACUCGCUGCAGGCCUUCCUCCAGGUCAGGGCCGGGCCCGGAGGGGGCGGGGAAAGGUGGGAAGUGCCGAGUCCGGAUCUUUCUCGGUACUCUGUGCGCCUUGAAUCUCAAAGGGAACCCCACCGGCGGGUGCAGCUGGAGCCAGACCUAGGAGUGCCCGCGCCAACUUCACACCUAAUCUGGUGUCAAGAGUGUGGCCUUUGGGGGAGGGACUCGUGGAUCCGGGGGUUCGGAGGUGCGCGGCUGGCAGAGAACUGGGCCGGAGCUCAUCCUGCUGGGCCCUCCUGCUGAUUUCAGCCUGGGGCGGGCCGGGGAGGAGCGCAAGGGUGGCGGGGACUAGAGAGCUUAAAAGAUGAGAGGGAGGAUGGAUGGGCAGUCGGGCUGUGGGUGUUUCCAGACUCCUAACUGACCGCGGAGCUGGGAGCGGCCCGUCGGAUCCCUCCUGCUCCCACUUUGCGCCCGCUUCCUCUAAGGCUGGAUGGCGUCUCAGUGCACCAAGUAGUUUAGCAAGAAGCGCUCGCGUGCCCCACGUUCAGGUCGCGCAGGCACCAAAAGUUUCCCGGGACCGGACCGCACCCCCAGCGCCUCCCCGGACCUGGGCAAGCACUCGCCUCUGGCGCUGCUGGCCGCCACCUGUAGCCGAAUCGGCCAGCCCGGCGCGGCGGCGCCCCCGGACUUCCUGCAGGUGCCCUACGACCCCGCGCUGGGCUCGCCCUCCAGGCUUUUCCACCCGUGGACUGCCGACAUGCCCGCACACUCGCCGGGCGCGCUGCCGCCCCCGCACCCCAGCCUGGGGCUGACGCCGCAGAAAACGCACCUGCAGCCGGCCUUCGGGGCUGCGCACGAGCUGCCGCUCACACCCCCAGCCGACCCCUCCUACCCUUACGAGUUCUCGCCAGUCAAGAUGCUGCCCUCGAGCAUGGCGGCUCUGCCCGCCAGCUGCGCGCCCGCCUACGUGCCCUACGCGGCGCAGGCCGCGCUGCCUCCCGGCUACUCCAACCUGCUGCCCCCGCCGCCGCCGCCGCCCCCGCCGCCCACCUGCCACCAGCUGUCCCCCAACCCGGCCCCCGACGACCUCCCGUGGUGGAGCAUCCCGCAGGCGGGUGCUGGGCCGGGGGCCCCCGGAAUUCCGGGGGGCGGCCUUUCCGGCGCCUGUGCAGGGGGGCCCCACGCGCCCCGUUUCCCUGCCUCAGCGGCUGCCGCCGCCGCCGCCGCCGCCGCCGCCCUGCAACGGGGCCUGGUGUUGGGCCCGUCGGACUUUGCGCAGUACCAGAGCCAGAUCGCUGCGUUGCUGCAGACCAAGGCCCCCCUGGCGGCCACGGCCAGGAGGUGCCGCCGCUGCCGCUGCCCCAACUGCCAGGCGGCGGGCGGCGCCCCCGAGGCGGAGCCAGGCAAGAAGAAACAGCAUGUGUGCCACGUGCCGGGCUGCGGCAAGGUGUACGGCAAGACGUCGCACCUGAAGGCGCACCUGCGCUGGCACACGGGCGAGCGGCCCUUCGUGUGCAACUGGCUCUUCUGCGGCAAGAGCUUCACGCGCUCGGACGAGCUGCAGCGGCACCUGCGGACUCAUACCGGCGAGAAGCGCUUCGCAUGCCCAGAGUGCGGCAAGCGCUUCAUGCGCAGCGACCACCUAGCCAAGCACGUCAAGACGCACCAGAAUAAGAAGCUCAAAGUUGCUGAGGCUGGGGUUAAGCGGGAGGAUCCGCGGGACCUGUGAGCCCAGCCGGGUGUCCUUGAGGCCACUCCUGCCUCGGACCCCCUUCCCAGCACUUCUGUGGGAGAUCCCGGGGGUCCUUCGAGCAGCUGGCAGGGGGGAGACUCGGCAGACGGCCUGUCCGCUGCCCCCCUCCCAAAGUGGAGCCAGGCUCCCAUUUUCCUCGGUCCUCGGACACAGGGACCUGGUUCCCAGGAGUAGCGGGGGACGGAGGGUUGGAAGCUGGGGCCAUUUGGGUCACGGCCCGGAGCCCUGCUUUACGCCAGGGCGGUUCCAAACUCUGAACCAUUCCCGCCGUCUGGGAGACCGACAGUUUGGGGGCACCACCCUGGGCGGGCCUUGUAUAUAGGAAGCGCUGCUGAAUUAAAACGGAAGGACCUCGGGAGAUUUGAAAUCGUGCUCGGGUUUUGAUUUGGGCAUUGUACAGGUUAUUUAAUAGCUUUGUUAAAGAAUAAUAAUAUUAAUAAAAAUGUUACCUUUGUCCUCA